CACGCCGUAACCCCUUGCGGGCCGAGGCUAGGGGUGAAGUUUCAGCCCGGAGCAAGGAAGGAAUUUUGUUUGGCUUAUGAAAUGUGUUAUUCGCCCCCUGAUCCUCGAGUGUCAUGUAGUAACCCCUGGUCUUGUGGCAAACUCAGAAGCAUGCUGGCCUCGGCUCCAGGGACGCAGGAGCGGGCCGCCAGUUCAUUCGUUCCUUGUCCCCACCAACCGCUGAUACCAGCGCUCGGUGAUCCGUUCCAUGGCGGAAACAGAAACCACUGGUUCGCCAGAGAAGAACUGGAUACAGAGAAGAGGCUGAGAAACUGUUGGAGGGUCUGGGCCUCUAGGAAAGAGGUCCCGAGCUCCGAAAAAGCGGCCAGGGUUGGGAAGGCAUCCAACUACUGCACAGAUUCAGACCAAUGGAAGAAAAAAGCAGAAAAACUUGAACUGAAUGAAACCCAAAAGCAAGAAAUUAAAGAGGCCUUUGAUUUAUUUGAUGUUGAUGGGUCUGGAACCAUAGAUGUGAAAGAACUGAAGAUUGCCAUGCAAGCCUUAGGAUUUGAUCCAAAGAAAGAAGAAAUUAAAAAAAUGAUAGCUGAAAUCGACAAAGAAGGAACUGGCACCAUUACUUUUGAAGAUUUUUUUGCCAUAAUGAGUGUAAAAAUGAGUGAAAAAAAUGAAAAAGAAGAAAUAUUGAAGGCUUUCAAAUUAUUUGAUGAUGAUGAUACUGGAAGCAUAACACUAAACAAUAUCAAGAGGGUUGCUAAGGAAUUGGGGGAAAAUUUAACAGAUGAUGAACUGAAGGAAAUGCUUGAUGAAGCUGAUUGUGAUAGGGAUGGAGAGAUAAAUGAGGAAGAAUUUUUGAGAAUGAUGAAAAGGACCACUCUUUAUUAAUACUUUUUUUUUAUUCCUUCUGGAAAGUUGUUAACAACUUCGUAUUUGCUAUAUGGUUCUAUCAUAUCUAAAUGUAUUAUAAAUUUUUAGUUUAUAUGCACAAAUUGGUCUCUUGAUGUCUAAUCCAUGUGAAAAGUUUCAUGUUUCUACCAAUCUGUUGUUAAAUCCAUAGCAUCAAGAAACAAAAUGUAAUGAUUUCUGUGAACCAUGGAUCCCAAACCAGUAUUAAUUCCAACUGCUACUUUUAGAGCUCUGGGGUCUAAAGACUUAGAAUUUUUUAAGUUAAAUGAAACUGACCCCACGCCCAAAUGAAUUUUGCAAACAAGCAAUUAUUUUCCUUUUGUGCAGCUCUUUAAAACUGAUAAAUAUUUGCUUUUUAAUCAGUUAUUCAGAUAUGUUAAGUAUUAAAUAAAAUUGCCUAGCACUAUAUUAUUUGCUAGUUUUUCUCUUAUAAAGAAAUUCAGAGCAGCACUGUACUAUGUAGAUUUUCCUGUAAGUUUGACCCCUCAUGUGAGUGUUUACUACCUCUGCAUGGGAGGUGCUAGGGGAUUUUACACAUGUUAUCUCAGUGUUACAACUUAGAAGCUGACAGUAUUAGCUCCAUUUUACUACAUAGGAGAAAACUAAAGUUCAGAGAACUUAAAAAUUGUCCAGUUGUUCAUAGAUAAUAAAUAAAACAUGGAUAAAUCUUGGAUUGUUAUGCUUCACUAUGUAGCCUCCCUAUAGAAAACAAAAAUCUCAGGAUAACUUAAAUGUAUGUUUUCUAACAUUUAAUAUUAUGACUCUUGUAAUUUAACUUUUUUUUUUUUUUUUUUUUUUUUAACGAAAGAACCAAACUGUUGGGAAAGGCAGUCUCAAAAUACAGUCUUUUGAUCCCCCCCGGGUCACACAAGACUGGGCCUUGGGCCUGGAACACUUCCUUACCAAGAGAGAAUGUCUCUACAGCUUAUGCUGGAAUUGUCUGUGAAUAUCUUUCCAUUUCAGACUCCAUGUGUACUUUUUUCUGCUUAAAGAUGUGUAUAAUAUGGUGCCUGUGUGUGUGUGUGUGUGUGUGUGUGUGUAAUAUGGCACCUGGCAAACCCCACUUUGGAAACGGGAUGUCCCCUUCAAAGAGGGUGAGGUCCUGCUGCACAACAAGAUGGCUAUUUACAAGCCACUUGCCCUGUAUUGGCUUCUGGAGGGACCUGCUGGCCAUGGGAAACCGACAUUCAUUACCGAAAUGGAUACUGCUCUGCCUCUUCUCUAUAUGAGUGACACAUUGUUCCAACAAGUAGUUGACUGCAUUGUUUCUUCCUUGGCAAUUAAACUGAUAGCAAGAUUUAGUGGAAGAAGCCCUCAAGUUUCUGCUCCUGAUAAUAGGCAACAGAUGCCACUUGCUGGGAUACAAACGCUUCCUAAGUAAUGGUCUUUGGAGCAAGAAAGGAUUAUAGAAAAUGUAACUUUAAUUGCCCCACCUAGUAUACAUUUUUCGCUCAACUGAAAUGAAGAUUCAAGGUUUUGUCAACAGGGGAGGUUUGUUUUUCAGUUGAAACUAGAAUGGCAUAUGUGCUUAUGCUCAAGUGUUUCACAGUAUCUUUAAUUCCUAAUUAUGCAGCUUUUCCUUUUAGGCUAAGAUAUAACUAUUAAACAUGCUUCAUAUGUGAAAA